AUGCCUGCCGUUCCGACACUUAGGGCUGAAGUAAAUCAAUUACGAGUGUAUGCAUGGUUAGCGCUGCAGCUUUCGAUCACGGUUUCCGGUGUCAUUUUCAUAUGGCUACAAUCGAAAUCGGAAUAUCCGCUUCUUUCGGAUACGGGGAUGGUCGCUUUUGAUCUUGAUACUACCGAGGUUUCUCAUCCAGAUGGCUCGGAAAAGAAGUCGCAGCGGAUGAUGCGAAUUGAGCCAAAGGGUGAGGGGUGGAAGGUUGUCUUGGAUCGGGAAGGCAUGGACACCGAGGCUGGAGGACCGGGUAUUGUAAAGAGUCUCUCGAGACGUUUCACACCACCGUCCCAGAAUAGCCUGCGCCACUUUGGCUGGACACGGCCUUGUCGGUCGCCUGCUGUGCUCGCGCAUGCACCCACGCAAGCCGACAUCGAGGCCGACGAAGAGUUCAGUGAUUCAGAGUUGCUCCCAGCCGAAGAGGCGAAAUUGAAUAUCACAGACGCGGCAGCCGAGCAACUGCGCAACAUUUCGGUUCGAGAACAAGACGAAGAUGUAUCGCUGCGUGUAUUGGUCGAGUCGGGAGGGUGCCACGGAUACCAGUACAAGCUUGAAUUAACCUCGAAGCGUCAGCCGAGUGAUUACCAUUUCGUGAGGCCUCCAACUACGCCCGGAAGGACGAAUGGGAAUAGAUGGGUUGGUAAUUGUGCGAGAUGCGACCAGGGCUCGACGAUUGAUUUUGCAACUGAACUGAUUGGGAGCUCGUUCCGGGUCCAAAACAACCCGCAGGCGACUGGCAAAGGGUGUGGUUGUGGGGCACGGACAAUUACGUCAGCUGAGCUCAUCACUCCACAUGAUCGAACGACUCUGGCUCGCGGCGCGAUUCGCUCUCUCACGACCACCAUGCCCACUGUUCCUCGCACGUCCCCUGCGACGUUGAAUCCUGUUCCCGAACACUAUAUCCAUACUACUGCCGCUGGUGGAGAGUCCUUUGUCGGCCGUCCACUCAAUCUCGACGAUGGUUCCGCGGAUAUCCACCUCGCCCGACUACGCGCCUGGGGAUUCAACUGUCUUCGAUUUAUCUUUACCUGGGAGGCUCUAGAGCAUGAGGGACCAGGCAAAUACGACUAUGAAUACAUACAAUAUACGAUCCGAGUAUUACGACGAUGCAAAGACUUUGGUUUCCGUGUUUUCAUGGACCCACACCAGGACGUCUGGUCUCGCUUUACCGGUGGAUCUGGUGCUCCCUUUUGGACACUGCCCGCCUGCGGCCUCAACCCCCGACACAUCACGGCAACCCAUGCCGCCCUCCUCCAUUUCGAACAACCGGAUCCCUCCGCGUUCCCUGCCAUGGUAUGGAGCACCAACUAUGCCCGCUUCGCCUCGCAAACCAUCUGGACCCUGUUUUUCGCUGGCCGAGACUACGCUCCACGAUGUGUAAUUGAUGGCGUAAACAUUCAAGACUGGCUCCAGCGACAUUAUAUCAAUGCAUGUGGUGUGCUUGCCGAUGCCAUUCGCGAUGCAGGCGACCUUUAUGACUCUUGUAUCAUCGGCUGGGAUAGUAUCAACGAACCAGGCGAGGGGUAUUUGGGUCUGCAUGACUUGAACGUCAUCCCUCCCCACCAGUCUCUCAAGAAAACAACGUGUCCGACCCCAGCCCAAGGUAUUCGGCUCGCCAGCGGAAUAGCCCAAACUGUCGAAAACUGGGCGUUUGGCGCUCUAGGUCCCAAGCGAGACGGCUAUGUGACCAUUGACCCUGCCGGCCGGACCAUCUGGGCAAACCCGGACACUGAAGAAGAUGUGGGCGACGGUACUGGCGAUCGCAUCCACAAGCGGUGGGGUUGGAGACGUGCCGCAUCGUGGCCACUCGGGAAAUGCAUCUGGGCUCUUCACGGCGUAUGGGCCGGCCCGGACGUCACGGAUACCAAAUCAGGCGACAUACCCAUUCUCAAGCCCGACUAUUUCGAAAGACCCCCCUUCGAUCCAUCUCGCCAUGUUGUCUUUGUUGCCGACUACUGGCGGCCCCAUUUCAGGGACUACAUUGCCCGUAUUCGACCAUCUCAUCCCGAGUCCAUCUUUUUUGUCCAGCCGCCGGUGUUUGUACAGCCUCCCCCACUCGAAGACGAGGAUCUCUGUGGCCGAGGAGCCUACAGUUCGCAUUACUAUGACGGCCUGACCCUGAUGACGCGACACUGGAAUUGGUUCAAUGCCGAUGCCCUUGGCUUGCUACGAGGCAAAUAUUCCUCAGUUCUGGGUGCCCUUCGAAUCGGCGAACGCGCGAUCCGAAAUUCGCUACGUGACCAAUUAGGCAUGCUCAAAUCCGACGCACUCGAGAUUCUGGGCCAGUACCCAACGCUGAUUGGCGAAAUCGGCGUUCCGUUUGAUAUGGAUGCUAAAAGGUCUUAUGGACUCGAUGGGAACAGCAAGUACGUCGGCGACUAUACCGACCAGACUCGUGCGCUCGACUGUAGCUUGAACGGUGCGGACGGUAACAACGUCAUCAACUGGACUCUCUGGACCUACGCCCCAGACAACACUCACACGUGGGGCGAUGGCUGGAACCUGGAAGACUUGGCCCUGUGGAGCAUGGACGAUGCGAAUCGAGAUCGAGGCACGCAAGAGUUCCAGAUCGAGAGCUCGUCCGCCAACUUGCUCAACGGCGAAAAUCAAGACUCUCGGAACCGGAGUGAAUCGACACUCGGCACGCUCCGUGGUCCUGCUGGGCCAGCGGAUGCGCAACAGCCUCGACCCCAGAUGGACAUGUCGCUCAAGCCCACGUGCGCAAGCCCGGAUCCUGCGAGCCCCGUUGGGAUCUCGGCUGAUAAACUAUACGAUUUUGUGGUUGUUGGAGCCAGAGGUAUUGGAGCACUUGCGCGUCCCUGGCCGGUUGCGACCGUUGGCACGCCCACGUAUAUCGAUUUUAACAUCGCAAAGGCGACGUUUGAGCUCAAGAUCAAGGUCACGGGCAGUGAUCGUGCCUGGGGCGGAAAGGCUCCCAUUCGUUCGUCGUUGUCCGACUUGGGCGAGGACGACGAAGAGCUCUCGACUGAAAUUUACAUUCCUCUCGUCCAUUAUGCCGCCGACUCGGCGUUUGAUGGCGAAUCCCUACCCAACUGCGAAGAUGCACCUGGAUUGCCCAAGGUGACCGAGGAACCUCCUCGAUACCGAGACGACGACGAUUCGACGGUUGUCGGACACCUGCGACAAGAUAGCAAAUCUUCGGCCGACAGCGCGCCUGCUGUUAAGCGCCGACGAGCAACGACGACAACGCUCCGUCGACAACGAGCCGACACGACCAACACCCUCAUCCCCAUUCUCCCCAUUCCCUCGUCCGAACCAACCGCCACCUCCGCCUCUGCCGCCGCGAGCCCGACCACCCUCCCGAUCCCGCUUUCGGCCCAAAGCAUCAUGGGCACGCUCGUCGAGUCCGACAUGCUCGCUCUCGACGUCCAAGUAUCCGAGGGCAAAUGGGAGCUCGACGGACAAGUCUUGCGGUGGUGGUACGACGUCCCUGGAGAAGGCGAGCCCGAAAAAGAGUUGACCAUCAAGGUUCAGAGGCGCGGAGGACCGAUCAAGGGUGUUUUGCGAGGAUUCGGUGCGAUUUCUCCUGCUAGUGCUGCACGCGAGGGAGGACGAAGGUUCUGGGAUGUGUUGUGCCCGAACGGUGGAUGUGUUGUCGCUUGA